UUUUUGGGCCUUGGACCUCUCACUGGAUCCAAAAAAAAACCCCUAAGGAACUUGUUCCUCCUCUCCCUGUCUCUGUUCGUCUGUUCCGCUGCACCGGAGACGCUACUUCCUCCGCCGUUCAUUGUGCCUCCAUCACGGCAGCGCCGCUCUUUGUCCUCUAGCUGGUUUCCAUCCGUUUAUGGUUGCCGCUGGUUGUUCGCCGCCCUUUACUAUCGUCAGUCGUCGCCUUUCGUUGUUGAUCCUUCGCAGAAACUCCGCCAAAAAACCCUAGCACGGUAAGCCUACACCACCGCCGCCGCAAGGAGUGGCAUGCUGCCGCCGUCCGUCCGUCUAUCUAGCUUCCCUCGUGCUCCAAGUCUUCAACCCCCGUUCGCUGUCACCAAUCGCAGCUGCUUCCUCGAGCUCGGCGUCCGUCGUCUUUGUCUGCUCAGCCGCGCUUCCGCCGCCGUUGGUUGCCGUUAACGUUCGCGUCUUCGUUCAGCCGUCGUCUUCGUUCGCGUUCUUCGCCGUUCAAGUUUGCUCGGCGUUCACCGUUCGCGUUCACUCGCCGUUCACCGUUCGCGUUCACUCGCCGUUCACCGUUCGGGUUCGCGUUCGUCUGGAAGCCACGUUGCCCUGCUUCAAACUCUGCGACCAACCCGCGCGCUCCACCUAGCCGUCGAACUGCUCUCUUUUGUCGCCGCCUAACAAAUGCUGGGACUCUCAUAUGGAGAAAUACUUCUGUUGAUUGGAGUCACUGCUGCUGUAAUUGGCCCAAAAGAUUUGCCAAUCAUAGCCAGAACAGCUGGGAGGCUAGCUGGUCGCGCUGUUGGAUAUGUACAAUUGGCUCGCGGCCAAUUUGACAGCGUUAUGCAGCAAACCCAAGCUCGCCAGGUUCACAAGGAACUGCAGGACACAAUGGCACAGCUCGAUGCUAUUCGUCAUGAAAUUAGAAGUAUAUCACUCAUAAAUCCCGGCCCUAUGACCCGCGGGCUUGUGGAUAAUCCUGACCAGACAUCUAUUCCAAAUGGCACCAAAAAAACCGAAGACGUUGGAGAGGAUAAGUUCAUACCCCCUGCUACCACUAACUCAACACCCACUGUUAUCAAGGAUUCACCUUUGUUGGCCUCAUCAAAUUCAUGCAACAUGCAAAGUCAAGCAACGACAUAUGCCCGAUUGGCAGAGUCUGCUAUCAUCAGGAACAGUUUAGCUGCAAGUAGUACUGAACCCCAGAAGAUUAAACCUGAACUGCAGCAUACUGUCUUGCCAAUUUCCGCUGAAAGCGCUGGACUCUUACCAAAUCGUAGCGCUGAUGUGAAAGGAUCCGACAUAGUUCUAGAAGCAAUCGUGGAGGCAGAAGUAGCUCACAAUGCCAAGGAAUUCUUUUCACAACCCCAAAAUCAAACAUGAUUGAUAUCUUAUGGUAAUGUUACAUUUCACUUUUCUAAUAUCUUCAACGUUAGUUGUUUGUUCUUUGUAGCAUUUGUAAUUGAUUUACUUGUAAAUAAAAAAUCGUAUGUAAUCCAGUAGAUUUCAUUUACCAACAUGAGGUAGAUCAGGUUGAUCGAGUGACACGCUAGUGUUUCUUUUUUUGGGUUUUGUUUUUCUCCCAGUGGCUUCAAUUAAGAAUGGAAAAAAGUUGUGUUAGCAGAGAUAGUUGGUCUCAAGUAGGAUUAGUCGGUUUUCUGACAUUUGGUUUGCAUUUUUAUUUUUAAUUUUUUCAUAAUUUUGUGAAGGAAAAAAAAAGGUUGAAAUCAA